AGAACCAAUCUUCCCUCACAUUUCUCUCUCUCUCUUUUCAAAAUUUAUUCUUCUUGUAAACAGAGACGGCUUAUUCAUUUCCCGGGCACCCGGACCCAAAUAAUCACACGGAAACUGUAUUAAUUACAGCACGGUUUGGCCAAUAGCUCAGGCUUCUCAUUAACAAGCUCUUUCAUCUUAAUCCAUGUCUAUUAAUCUCUAUAUCACCAUGAGGCUGUAGCCUGCUGAUAAGCUUCUAAGGUGUUUUUCUGCCUAGGCAGCUUCAUGGCAUCUCUUAGACUCUGCCCACUGUCUCUAUCUCUUCCAGCCUGGCUAUAUUCUGCCUUGCCGUAGGCCAAAGCAGCUUUAUUCAUUAACUAAUAAAAGUAACACUUAUACAGAAGGACACCGCACAUCACUUUUCUUAUAAUCUAUCCCAACUGCAGUUUCCUCUCCCUCCAUUCCUUUCAGUCCUCUCCACUUCUCUCUUCUCCACCAGAUCCACUCAAUCUUCAUUUCCCUUCAGAAUAGAGCAGAUGUCCCAGAGAUAUCAAUAAAGCCAUAUAUAGCAAAUUGAAAUAAGACUGGGCACAUAUCAAAGGCUGGAUGAAUCAACCUAGUAGAAGAAAAAAAGGUUCCAAGAGCAGGCAAAAGAGUUAAGAGACAUUCCCCACUCCCACUGUUAGGAGUUGCACAAAAACACCAAGCUACACAAUGAUAACAUGCAGAGAACCUGGCAUAAACUCCUGCGGGCUCCAUGAUUGGUAUUUCAGCCUCUGUGAGCGUCUAUGAGCCCUACUGUGUUCUCCUGUGUCAUUUUAGUUAGGAAAAAUUUUGACUAUGAAUUUUUUUUUUAAGUUUUUUUCUGUGUCUUUGGGGUGAGAUUCUCCUCCAUUUCCUGUUAUUCUUAGGAUUGGUCUUUUCCUAGUGUUUCAGAUUUCCUGGAUGUUAUGUUUCAGGAAAUUUUAGGUUUAACAUUUUCUUUGAUCAAUAUGUCCAUGUCUUCGAUCAUACUUUUAAAGUCUCAAAUUCUCUGUUCAAUGUCUUAUAUUCUUUUAGUGAAGCAUGCCUCUGUAGGUCUUGAUUACUUAGGUUUUUAUUUUUAUAAUUCCUUCAGUUCAUAUUUUUUAAUUGCUACUAUUUCUAUUUUAAGGUCUUGAACAGAUUCACUCAAUUCUGUCAACUGUUUCUUUGUUUACGUUUUGGCUUUCUUUAAGGGAUUUAUUAAUUUUCUCCAAUACUUCAUUUAGCCUUUCUCUGCUUUUUAAAAGGGAUUCAUUUACUUCUUUAUGGACUUCUGUCAUUUUUGUAAAGUUGGUCUUAACUUCAUUGUGCUUCAAUUGUAUUGGAAUAUUCAGGGCUUGCAGUAGUAGGAUAGCUGGAAUCUGGUAGUGACUUAUUGCUCUGACUGUUGUUGAUUGUGUUUUUAUGUUGGUGUUCAAGUAUCUGGGUAAGAGGAAUUUGGGUAUCAAGAUACUGAUUUCUCAGUUUGUCUUUGUUGCAUGGGUGUUUUGUUCCUUGAUUUCUAUUUGCUUUCUAAUUUUCUGCUUUAUGUGGCCUAUGGUUGAACAGGGGCUCUCAUCCCAAGUUAGGGCUGAAAAUCUUACUGUUGGUGGGGCCUUUGCUCCAGCAGAGAGUGUCUGUCCAUGUUUUGGAGAGGUUAAGGAACUUGGGGAUAGUGUUGAGGGGGAAUGAGAGAAUGAGGAAGGUCAGUUGGAAGGUGGCCUACAUGGACUUCUUGCAGAUAGUAUGUGGGUCUCCACACAAGUUGAAGGCUACAGCACAGAGAAGAGGAGGGAAGUGGGAUUGGGGGUAGUGUUGUGGGAUUAUUAAAAGAAUGGAAGAGGUGCACAGACAAGAAACCUCUGUGAAUUUCUGGUGACUGGCAUAGGUUCUGGUCCAGCAGAGUCUUUACCUCAGUUUUCCCACCUGUUUUUUGGCUGAUGUGGCCUGCACUUGAGCAGAGGCUAUGCAUCUGACAUAGGGGUGCAUACAUGGUUUGGAGGUAGCAGCUGUAGGGUUGCUGGAGGAUUGUGUCUGUGGGAAUACAGGGUGUAUGGAAAUUUCAUGGGUUUGUGGUCUGCCUAUCUGUUCUUCUGACUGGUGUGGCAUAGACAUGAGUCUGCCUAAGAUGGGAGCUGUAACACAGUCAUAUUCCCAUUUUUAUGAAUGGGAAUAUGUCCUGUGCCAUUGUAUGUUGUAAAUAUUUAAUCUUUUUGAUUUUCCAACAAGUGAUAUUCAAGAGAUUGUCUUAAAUGUCAGAAGAGACUUUAGACAUUUGUGAUGUUUGGGCUGCUACAGAUUAUAAGGAUUAUUGAACUUAGACUAAAUGCAGUUUUAUUUUAUUUGUAUUUAUUCUCUCAUUCUAUAUAUCCUGAUUCAAUUCUCCCCUUCCUCUACUCAUUUCAGUCUCUCCCUCACCAAAUCCUCAUUGUCCCAACUCCACAGCUUCCUUUUCCCUUCAAAAAAAGAACAGACCUCCCUAGGAUAUCACUAAAUAUAUCAUACCAAGGUGAAAUAAGACUUGGCACAAAGUCUUAUUUCAAGGCUCGACAGGACAAUGCAGUAGAAGAAAAAGGGUCCUAAGAACAGACAAAAGAGUCAGAGACACAAUGACUCCUACAGUUAUGAGUUUCACAAACACCCCAAGCUAAACAACCAUAGCAUGCAUGCAGAGGACCUGAAACAGAGUCAUGAAGACUCUGUGAUUGUUAUGUCAGUUUCUCUGAGCCACUAUAUGCCCUACUUAGUUGAUUUCAUGGGCCAUGUUCCCCUGAUUUCCUCAACCACUAAAUGCUACAAUUCUCACAUCCUCCUUCUACAAGAUCCCUACAGCUCAAGCUAAUGUUUGGGUAGGAAUCUCUCCAUGGGCUUCCAUCAGCCCCUGGAAGACGCCUCUUUAAUAACAAGUAGGCCAGGUACCAACCUAUGAUUAUAGCAGGAAAUAGUUAAGAAUCAUUUUAUUGAUAUUUUUUCUGGUCAGCUGUAUUUGGUUCUACCCUGGUUCUCUUAACCAUUUGAGUUCUAGUUCCUUGCCAUCUAGGCAGUGUCAGUUAUGGGCUUCCUCUCACAGCAUGGGCUUCAAGUUAGACCAGUCAUUUAUUGGCCACUAAGAAAGCUCUGAGUCACCAGUGCCCCAGCAUAUCUUGCAGGUAGUACAAGUGUGGGUUGAAUGUUUUGCAGUUGGCUUGGUGUCCCAGUCCCACUGGGAGCUUUAUGUGGUUACAGAAGAUGGCUAGUUCAGCCUCCAUACUCUUGAUUACUAGAAGUCCUCACUAGGGUCACAUUUAUAGGUUCCAGAAAGUUUUCACUACACUGUUUCCACAUCCCCUGUUAAAAGCUCCCCUAUUCCAGUCAUUUCUCCAGGUCUGCUCCCCAUCUGUCCCUUCCUUGCUCACCUGAUCCUUCCUCUUCCUAUCCCUCCUGCCUCUAGUGUACCCACAAAAUCUAUUCUAUUUCUGCUUACCAGGGAGAUCUAUGCAUCUCCCCUAAAGCUGUUAUUACUUAGCCUCUCUGUGUCUAUGGAUUAUACUGUGAUUAGCUGUGAUUACUGUGAUUAUACUUUACUUAACUGCUCAUUUCCACCUAUAAGUGAGUAAAUACCAUAUUUUUCUAUGUGAUUCUGGGUUUCCUCACCUAGGAUAUUAAAGAAUUCAAGAAACUAGACAACAACAAACCAAAUAUCCAAUUAUAAUGGGGAACACCUCUAAACAGAAUUCUCAGUAAAAGAAUUUAAAGUGACUGAGAAAUACUUGAAGACAUGUUCAACAUCUUUAGCCAUCAGGAAAAUGAAUAUCAAAACUACUUUGAGAUUUCUUCUUACACCUGUUAGAAUUGAUAUGAUCCAUAAUACAGAUCGGAAGAUGUAUUUUAACAUGUGCCUCUUCUUGAAUUCAGUAACAUAUGAUGACAUGCAUGUUGACUUCACUUGGGAAGAAUGGACUUUGCUGAAUCCUUCCCAGAAGAGUCUAUACAAAGAUGUGAUGGUGGAGACCUACAGGAACCUCACUACUAUAGGAUAUAGUUGGGAAGACCAUAAUAUUGAAGAACAUUGUCAAAGUUCUAGAAGACAUGAAAGGCAUGAAAAAUGUCAAACUGGAGAGGAAACUUCUGUAUAUACUCAAUUUGUUAAAGCGUUUGCAUGUGACAGUCAUCUUCACAGGCAUGGAAAAACACAUACUAGAUUGAAGCCCUAUGAAGAAAAUGAGUGUGGUAAAACCUUUGCAUGUCACAGUAGUCUCCGAAAACAUAAAAGAUCACAUACUGAUUUCCUGCCUGGAUUUGCUCUACUCUGCCAUAGGCCGAAGCAGAUUUAUUCAUCAACCAAUUAAAGCGACACAUAGAGAAGGACAUCCUACAUCAGAUUAUCUCAACCAGCAGUCUUGGAGAUUUUCUGAAUGUAGAACUUGGAAGAAACUUCAUCAGAGGAGAAGGAUCAUCUGGGCCAUUCAUUUCCACUGGAGAUUUUAAAGGGGUCUUCCUUGAUUAAAUGUAAUUUUUCUUAAGUAAAAAGGAAACCACAGACUCUCAUUUCCUGCAGAAAUAAAAGUAAAUUCUUUUCUACAAAGUAA